CGUCACACUUUCACUCACCAUACCACUACCAUAUAUCAUUCGCGCGCCAGGACAGCACAGGGACUGCACGCAGAGAUUCGAGUGACAACGACUAUGUAAAGAAGAUGGCGGGAAGGGAGAUUCCUGGGUAUUACUUUGAUGCCGAGAAGAACAAGUACUUCAAGAUCGUCGCCGACCCCGCGGCACUGUACUCCAAAACCGCGGUACGGAAACGCAAGGCCGAUGAGGUUGUCGCCACAGAAGCUGCGAGAGUUGAGAAGGCUAACAAAGAACGUGUGACGCGUUCUGCGGCAGUGGGAAAAUUGGACAGAGAGAUUGGGAGGGGAAAUGGGAGAUUGGACGCGCUGAAGGAGUUUGUGGGGAGCUGGGAGGAGAGUAAUCCCGUUGGAAGUCUGGGUGGGACGCCGAGAUGGAGGGUGUUCGACUUUAAUGAACGAUCCGGACAUUUGGUUUACUCGCAAAAUGAUGCGGUGGAGUUUGACUAUUUGCUUAGGCUGGGAGAGCAUGCACAUGCACCUCUUAGCUGGAAUGGUCUGAUGUUAGCUAGCGAUGCGGCCGUCAACUCAAUCACCUUCUCGGCUUGUAAGACGAUUGUCCUUACAACGUGGGCUGAUCCACCGCAGAGGCAUAAUGUGUGUCUGACUCGUGUCCUCCCAACCCUCGACAUCAUCAGCGCCCACCACCUAAAAUCCAGCAAAGCAGGUGAAGACACAACAGUCCGUUGCGCGUGCGCCGCGCCUCUCGGCUCACCAUACAUGUUUGCCGUAGCCUGUGACGACCGCCCCAUCUUCCUACUCGACGCGUCGAUGAACGAGGCGCCUUCACCCCCCAGCAGCGGCGAAUCCUCUAUCCUCGCGCUCACAUUCCUCGCGGAAUCGCCGCAUGUUCUCCUUACUGGAAAGCGGUCUGGGAAGGUCCCUCUCGUUGAUCUUCGUGUGGAGGGCGGUGGCAGGAGUGGUAUCAGACAUGCUUCGAGCGUUGCGAGGGUGGCACAGGUGGGGGAGAAUUCGGUGGUUGUGGGGGGAUUGCAGGAUAAAAUGUGCGUGUAUGACCUCCGUUUCUUGAAGGAGAAAUGGAGGAAAGAGGCGACGAGGCCGGUGGUGAGGAUGUGGGGACAUAGGAAUGAGACGAGGCAUGAUGUUGAUCUGGCCGUUGAUCGCGGUACUGGGCUUGUUGCUGCGGCGCAGGUGGAGGGGGGAGGAGGGGUGAGGGUCUUUGAUGUGCAGAGUGGGGCUGAGAUUGGAUAUGUGGCUGGUGGGCAGCCGGAGGGGGAUUAUGUUAGGCAGGUGAGGUUUGUGGAGAGGGAUAAGGGAGUGGGACUGUGGGUUAGCAGAGGGGAGAAAAUUUUGGAGUAUGGAUUUGGAUCGGCUUGAGCGCCGGGCCUAGUGACAUCAGUCGUGGAGACUGAGGUUUUCGAUAGCUGCUGUGGGUGAUUUUCUGGGAUAGGUCGAACUUUGGGAACUGUGCGGCUUGGGAUAUGGUUGAGAGCAUGAGUUACUCACAGCCGGCUUCCCCAUAUUACGGACAAACAGUUACCGCACACGCCGCUGACGAGAUAAACCACAGCCAACAUCGUUAAUAAUUAUCACACAUACAUCAACAGCCCUAAUAACCCCUCACCUCACCGCAGCGUGUACCAACCCGAACCCUCCCGGCGAUCCGACGCCGUAGCGGCACAAAGAAGGGCUGAGGAGAUGAGAGAAAGAGAGAGGCGGGAGGAAGCCGCAGCAUCUCUCGCGAGGAAAGAGGAGGAAAGGCGGGAAAUGGAAGCAUCUCUCGACGCGUGGUGGAAAGAAAAGGAAGAGCAGGAGAAAUCGGCUCGUAAGGCAGCACAGCAUGAAGAAUAUCUAGCGUUCCUCGAUGACGGUAUCAAUUCACCUAUGGGUAGUAAUUGGCAACUAUUCUUCAAGGACGGCUGCAGAGGUCCUGCAUGUAAUUGUCAUGAUGGGGGGACUGACACAUAUGGGUAGACCUAGCGUAUCUUUGUAGGUCCGUUAGUUACGUCUCUUCUGUAUCAGGGGGUAGUAGUGUUCUUUAAGCUUCUAGUUAUUUGCUUACUUCCUUACUAUUUCAAUACCAAUUCGGCACACCUCGCCUUCAGGCUUCCGCA